AUUACAGCUGAAUUUCAAAACAACAUUUUUAAAUCAAAUUUAAAGAAAAGUUUUACAGAUAGUUAUUUUCAGUACAAUGGCGGACAAUUUUGAUAUUCAAAUUCGGCAAAAGCCUGGUUUACGCAUACUGAGCUCCCUGGCACGGCGGAUGUCAGGCGGAGUAGAGCAUCAGCACCUAGAAGAGGCGGAGGAUGAGUUUGGGUCGGGCAGAGGAUUUGAAACUUUGUCCGCCUCUACACCAAACCAUAGUGAUGGUAAUAGAGAAAUCGAUUCUGAAUUGAGACCAGAUGUGAAUCCAGCUGGUGGUAAUAUAACACCUAGAAUACCCUGGAAGCGUUUAAACCCCUUGAAGAUGCUCGCAGAUCUUAGCUUUAACAGAGAGGAGGAACAGCUUCAACCUGAAGACGAGCAGUUAGGGCUGGAGAUGCUAAGUAAGAAACAGUUUGAAGAAAAAAUACAAACUCUGCAAUCUUCUCUACCCGAUGUCAAAUUUACCGGUCAACAAGACCCAAUUGUCCGGUUACAGUUGGAUGAUAUCACAAAAGAUAAAAUUGAGGAAAAGAAUAACAAUGGGGAAAAAAGAGGAAGUAAGCCAGGAAACAUGGAGGAUGAGGAUGAGGAUGAGGAUUGGAUAAAUGUGAACUCUGAUGAUGUUCCCUCUGAAGAAUGUUGGAUGAACAAGGACAAGCUUGAAGAAAAGAAUCAAGAAGGUUCUGAUGAUGAAGUUGAUGAUGAUCUGCUUGUUGCGACCAUUCAAAUACAACCUGGAUCCACUCCAUCAGCUGCUAGGUAUUACUCAAGAAUGACAAAAAGGGAACUGGGUCGUAAGUUCAAGAAUAUAUCGCUCCCAGUCCGACAUUGAAUAUUAUUUUUACAACUGCAAACUUGAUCAAGUUAUGUAUAAUUAUGUAUAACGUAACUUUAUUUUUCUGUGAUGACCUUCAUUAUAAGAUGUUUUUAAAGCUUAAAAUUUGUUUCCUGCAAUUUAAUAAAAAAUGAUUUCACCAUAAAAUAACUAAAAGUUGUUUCCAAUUCUAAUUUUAUUGGAUCCUCCUAUUUUCCUGAUAUAGGGUUCUGCACAAGUAAUGAGACUUAAGAGUCGAUUUUGCAGCAUCUAUUUUUUACACACUUUGGCAAAGCUUUUGUUGUUGAAAAGAAUGAGUAAGAUAUUGGAUGAUUUGGCCAUACAUUGCAAUGUAAACAAACUUCUUCGCUCUCACGUGAAACUAAAACAUAAUUUUUUUUCAUUCCUUGAAUGAUUAUAAGCAGUCGAGUAUAGAAUAUGUUAUUUCUAAUCCUAAUACAUGGAGUGUUUCAAAAAAUGGUCCGUUGAAAAAUCGAAUAACGUCAAAAUAGCUGUGAGAUAAAAAUUUUGUAUUAUCGUAAAAAAUGAACAUAAUAAAACUAGGUUAGAUUUAAGAAACGCAUAUUUGACGGAAAUAGCUUAAAACAAAAAAAUAUAAUUGCAAUUUUA